AUAGUGCAGUACCACGUCAGGAAGAGAUUUUUAUUUGUCUUUAUAAAUCAUUUCAUUGCAUAUUUACAGUCGAAUAUAUUGCCUGCUAUGCCAGUACAGCAGUAUGCCUGUACAGCUGUAUGCUGAUUAUGAAUUUAAUAUGCUUAUAAAUGUAUAAUGUUACCUAGUGCUGUAAUGCUGGUAGAUAAUAGGCAUAUAUAUGAUCUACGGAUAGACUUACCAUUUAUAUGAAACAAAGACCUGGACAUUGCAAAAUUAAACAAACCUUGGUACAAUACCGAGGAUUUGCAAUAUUCAAAUCAUUGGAAAAUGUGCGAUUUAUUCCGCAGUUUUGAAUAAUCUAACGACAGUUCAGCCAUUGUCAAGAUGUUAAGUUGGUGUAUUGAUUGUAUACUAAAUGCUGAAAUGUAAUAUCGCAAUAUAGUAAUUCUCACUGGACUAGUAACUGUCAACUGUAGUAAAGUAAGUUGUAAAUCAAUUGGGGAUAAAUUGUCUGCCUCGGUAAAAAAAUAAAUUUAUUUCAAAGAGUUAUAUAAUUUAUUGCCCAUAUAAAUCAAACUCUCAGCACAGUAGCGUAUUCAGUUCACUGAUUUAUAUUUAGUUAAAAGUUACCAUAGAGAAUUAGUAUUAUUUUGUUUACGAGAAAAAUGGAGCCUGCAUCUACUCUUAAAACUAAGUGGGAAGGCAGCGAGAUUAAAACAAUGCUUGGCAUUGUCCAAGAAAUGAAUUUGGUUGGUCUGCUUGACCAAAAGAAGUCCAGGUCAGAAGUUCUGUACAAAGAGGUUGAGAAACAGUUGACAGCAAAAGGAUAUGAAAAAAGUUUCCAACAAAUACGUAAUAAAGUCAAGGCGUUGCGUUCCAAUUUCAACAAGAUAGUACGUCUGAAUUCUGUCAGUGGGGCGGCUCACAAAACAUGCGAGUAUUACGAUGAGCUCUAUGAAAUUUUCGGCCAUCGUCCAGCAGUUGAUUAUACCCAUAUGGGAGUCAAUUUUGGAAUCACCAACACGGUGUCACUAGAAAUCGAGGAAUCACAGAAUGAAAUGCUUUUUAGCACACCAGAAGAUCAAGGUGCUGAAGAAGGGGCAACUUCAUGCUCAGGUGGUGAAGAAGGGGCAACGUCAUGCUCAGGUGCUGAAGAAGGGGCAACUUCCAGUACCGACAUUUCAUCCAAUUAUGGCGAGAAUUCAGAUUCUGGAAAAAGACAUUCUAUUGACUUGGAAAGCCUUUUCGAAAAGCAACGAAUAUGGGAAGAAAAUAUGAUGCGUGAACAAAUGGAAGCUCAUGCCAAAUUAUUACAAGAGGCUGUGCAAGAGAUGGGAUCGGUAUUUUCUGCAUGCGUUUCACAGCUUUCGAAAACUCAAGGUAAAUGCACAUAA